AUGCUGCCCAGAGCCGAAGCAUGAAUGACAUUUCAGACACACCGAGCACAGACCAGCUGAAGAACAAGUUCAUGAAAAAGAUUCCUCGUGAUGCCGAAGCCUCCAAUGUCCUGAUCGGUGAGGUGGAUUUUCUGGACAAACCCUUCGUCUCUUUUGUACGUUUGGCUCAGGCCACGACUCUGGGAGGCCUCACCGAGGUCCCUGUGCCGACAAGGUUUCUCUUCAUCUUGCUGGGUCCUCCGGGCAAAAGCAAGUCCUACAAUGAGAUUGGCAGAGCUAUCGCUACGCUCAUGGUGGAUGAUCUGUUCAGUGAUGUUGCCUAUAAAGCAAGGGACCGUGAAGACCUGAUCGCAGGUGUCGAUGAGUUUCUGGAUGAGGUGAUUGUCCUCCCACCAGGGGAAUGGGACCCAAAGAUACGUAUCGAACCUCCCAAGAAGGUUCCAUCAGCAGAAAUGAGAAAGUCAGUGCUGAACCUGAACGAGCUGGGUCAAAUGAACGGCUCGGCCGGCGGGGCGGCUGGAGGAGAAGACGAUGAGCUUCCAGCGCCACAUGAGCUUGGAGAGGAGCUGAAAUUCACUGGGAGGUUUGGAGGUGGAUUGUGGCUGGACAUCAAACGGAAGAUCCCUUGGUAUUGUAGUGAUAUCUACGAUGGCUUCCAUAUCCAGUCUCUCUCUGCUGUGGUCUUCAUCUACCUGGGCUGCAUCACCAAUGCCAUCACCUUUGGCGGACUGCUAGGGGACGCUACCGACAAUUACCAGGGCGUGAUGGAGAGUUUCCUUGGCACUGCUUUAGCAGGGACAGUCUUUUGUCUGUUUGGUGGGCAACCUCUCAUCAUCCUCAGUUCAACUGGACCCAUUCUCAUCUUUGAGAAACUGCUUUAUGAAUUCAGCAAGAGCAAUGAUAUAGACUACAUGGAGCUGCGUCUGUGGAUUGGCCUUCACUCUUGUCUGCAGUGUUUGCUGCUGGUGCUCUCAGACGCCAGCUACAUUAUCAAGUACAUGACCCGCUUCACAGAGGAGGGUUUCUCCAGCCUCAUCUCCUUCAUAUUCAUCUCUGACGCCAUUAAGAAGAUGGUUGGAGCUUGGAAGUAUUACCCAAUCAACCGUGGCUUCAAACCUGACUACAUCACUGCCUAUAAGUGCGAAUGCAUCGCACCAGACCAGGCAUCUGUGCUGGGCUUGAAUGUUUCAGCUCCACUCGCAGAUGAUAAUAUGACACUGUUGUUUAACUUGACAGACCUGGACUGGAGUCAGCUCAGUAAGAAAGAGUGUGUGAAGUACGGUGGUAUGCUGAUGGGGAACUCCUGUAAGUAUGUUCCUGACCUGGCCCUGAUGUCCUUCAUCCUCUUCUUUGGCACCUACUCCAUGACUGUUUCUCUCAAGAAGUUCAAGUUUAGCCGCUACUUUCCAACAAAGCUCCGUAGCCUGAUAAGUGAUUUUGCCAUCAUCAUUUCUAUCCUGAUCUUCUGUGGACUGGAUUGCCUGCUGGAGCUCGAUACCCCCAAACUGCUUGUGCCCACUGAGAUCAAGCUGAGGAAGCUAAUCAGUGAUUUUGCCAUCUUCAUGUCAAUCAUGUCCUUUGUGGGUCUGGAUAUGUUGAUGGGGUUAGACACACCCAAACUAAUCGUUCCUACUGAGUUUAAGGUAAUUAGAUUUUUCUGUUUUAAUGUGUGUGUGAUUACAACAUAUUACUGGCCUUCUGCAUGUGUGUGUGUGUUUUUCUUGUGGAAA